AUAACAAAUUGUAGGAGAGUGGUUGGAGCAGUUAGGAAGGAGAAUGUUAUGAAAUGCUUCAGAUAGUCAGUGCAGCAAAUCCAUGCAUUACCUCUCCUCUCUCUCUCUCUCCUCCUUUCCAAUUUUCCGGCAAUGUCGAAACCUUGGAGACCCUUCACGGCGAACUGCUGUUCCGUUGAAGACCAGACCGUCCUAGGCAAAAUCAGCCGUUGCAGGCCGACACGGUCCGAAUUCUCUAAAAAGGUCGCCGAGCACCCGUCUUUCCGCCGACUAUCGUUCUCCGAUCUGAGCCGUUCAUCUUCAACGCGAUUCAAUGAAGAUCUGACCCAAUCAUUCGGGUCUGGCAUGGGCUUGCAUGUGUUUCAGUUGAGCGAAUUACGUGCAAUAACUCAGAAUUUCUCAAGUAAUUUCUUGUUAGGGGAAGGAGGGUUCGGAACGGUGCAUAAAGGAUACAUCGACGAUAAAUUGCGGCAGGGAUUGAAGGCUCAGCCCGUCGCCGUUAAGCUUCUUGAUAUCGAAGGUCUUCAGGGACACCGUGAAUGGCUGGCUGAGGUGAUAUUCCUGGGGCAGCUCAGACACCCACAUUUGGUGAAAUUGAUUGGUUAUUGCUGUGAGGAAGAAGAUCGACUUCUAGUCUAUGAGUUCAUGCCACGUGGCAGCUUAGAGAAUCAUCUAUUUAAGAGGAUUUCAUCAACAUUGGCAUGGAGUACACGGUUGAAGAUUGCGAUUGGAGCGGCCAAGGGCCUCGCUUUCUUACACAGUGCUGAGACGCCCGUCAUAUACCGCGAUUUCAAGACAUCCAAUGUCUUGCUAGACUCUGAUUUUACCGCUAAGCUUUCAGAUUUUGGCCUAGCGAAGAUGGGCCCGGAGGGGGAAGACACACAUGUGACAACUCGUGUGAUGGGAACCCAUGGCUAUGCAGCUCCUGAGUAUGUUAUGACAGGACACUUAACAAUUAAGAGCGACAUCUAUAGCUUUGGGGUGGUUCUUCUCGAAUUGCUGACGGGUAGAAGAUCGUUGGACAAAGGAAGGCCUAAGAGCGAACAAAAUCUAGUAGAUUGGGCAAAACCAUACCUAGCGAGUAGCCGAAAAUUACGUUACAUCAUGGACCCAAGACUCAUGGGUCAGUACUCAGUCAAGGGGUCACGAGAGGUCGCAUCCCUGGCAUUGCAAUGUGUGAGCUCUAACCCAAAAGACCGGCCAUUGAUGUUGGGCAUCAUCGAGAGUCUACAAGCUGUGCAACAUCUAAAAGACAUUGCGGUUAGCACUGGUGCAUGGCCCGUGGCUCAGAAACCGGGCAGGAAUGGGGUCAGUGCCAAAGGUAGGAGGGAGACUCGGACGGGAGGUUAUAGGAAGCCGUCUCCAAUUGCUCAAACAGUCCGAGUUAGCUGAGUUUCUCUUCUCUGCUAAAUAUAGACAAGGAAGGAGAAUAAUAAGGAAUGGUUAGAGAAUUGUGAGAUUGUUGGAUAUAGAAGAGGUAUUUGUAAAUAUGUGAAUGGCUUUUGUAAUAUGAGAACCUAUUAACUGUGUGAUGAUACUCUCUAAAUGCUGUGAGAAUGAAUUCUAAUUUUACUC